AUGGCCUCCAAUGAAAAAAAGCGCCUGCUGGUAAUCUACAGUGAGGACUCCAGAAAGUACGUGCACGGCUUUGAAUGGUCGUCCCUGUGGCCCAAGCUGAAGGAGCUCGUCGACGUCUUCGACGUCGUCGAAGGCAAGGCGACGCCCGAAGAAGUCAUAGACGAGAUUACCAACACCACGAAGGCGCCUCUGGCCGGCGUGCUGGUCAUGGACACCAGCUUAACGACCGAGAAAAAAAUCAUCAAAGUCUUCGACGCUGUGGUCAAGUACUCGCACGCCGACGGCGGCAUUGUCAUCUUCGCCGCCGUGUUCCCAGCCCUCGCCAAGCUCGCGGAGCUGCGCCGCGUCAAUGACGCCUUUGGCGUCAAUUGGGACGAGAAUGGCUACGAUGGUUCCGUCAAAGCGCAGCUCAACGAGUCGGCCGGAGUUUUGAGCGACUACCUGAAAGGUCAGAAAGGCCAGAUGCCCACCGAAUACCAGCCAGACACGAUGUUGGUGGUCGUGGAGGACCCCGCCCACGUGCUCUACAACAUGGACUCCGACCUUAAGGCGGCUGUUGCCGUGGCUAAGGUUGAGAAAAGUCUGCAAAGAUCCCUGACCGACGACUUUCAGAUGGCCAACACGCCGUUGACGACAAAGUCUUGGUGCAUCGUCGGCCAGGCGGCCCCGAACGGCCAGCGGCGGGAGGGCCAGGCUGCCGUAAAGGCCGGCGGCGACUUAACAGGCGAGAGCAAUGGUGGCAGCUAUGUACGCUUUCCCCAAAUACUCUUCUCCGAUCUAAACGUCGACACCAAAAUCGCUGGCGUCUAUGAGAAGGUCCCACGCGAGAGCGUGUGCGAGCGACAUGUUUGCGUCCGGGGCAAUCUGCACACGCAAUCUUGUAAUAUGCGCGACAAAGAGAAGCUAGCUCCUUCAAGCAAGUGA